AUGUCUUAAUUUUAGUUUAAAUAGGUCUUAAAUUAAGGAAAGACAAAGUGUAUUCAGCCUGCUGAGGAGGAUGUGAUCAAAGCCUGGAGUGGAGCGAAUGCACGUUCCUCUCUUCACUAUAAGCGUUUUGUUAUCACUCCGGUAUGGAUCCACUCCGGGUUUUGGUUUAGUGAUGAAGAAGUACAUGUCAGGCUACGGCUGAGGUAUAAUUACAUUUAAGAUAGCAUGGACACACUUAUAAUGCAGGAAGGCUCCGAUGUUUCGGAGAUUGAUAAAAGUGUAAAAAAUAAAUGGAGAUGGGCUUGGCUUAGCGAAAUUGGGAAGAAUGGCAAGCCUUUUAGUUCGUGGGCUAAAAAAAUCAAACAACCAGGUACGUGUCUUUGCACAGUAUGCCACAGGAAAUUUCAAUAUGGCAAUAAUGGCAAAAAAGUGCUAGCUCGCCAUCAAUCAGAAGCUAGUCACAAUGCUGCCGUUCGUGCUCUACAGUACACAUGCUCCCUGCCUGGUGCGACAAGUACCACAACGGAGAUUCAUGCAUCUAUGGCCGACCGUGUGUGCGAUGUAAAAGUGCGCAUAUGUUCUUUCAUAGCGGAGCAUGACCUGUCGUUCACAGUCUCACAACCGCUAGUUAAUUUAAUGCAAUCAGUUGUCAAAGACAAGAGUGCACUUUCAAGAUUGUCUAUGUCUAAUGCACAUGCCUCCUACUUGUGCACACAUGGCAUUUCUGCUUAUUGGAAAUCCGAAUUGUCAUCUAAGCUGAAAACGAAGAUGUUUUCUUUAAAUGUAGAUGAGGCAACAGAUGGAAACAUGGACAGGAUUCUGAAUGUUCUUGUUCGGUACUAUGAUGAAGAUGUGGGAAAAGUGGCAACCCAGCAUGUAGCCUCGAGGAAACAGAAUAUUGCAGAUGCCUUAACAAUCACAAACACAUUGAAAGAUAUUCUCCAGUCAUAUAGCCUGAACUGGAAUCAGGUUGUUGGUAUACUGUUGGAUAACUGCAGUGUGAUGAGAGGGAAAAAGUCUGGAGUAGAGACACUAGUCAGAAGAGAAAAUCCAUCACUGCUGGAUGUCAGCGGAGACACUGUCCAUAUGGUCUCGAAUGCAGCCAAGGCCCUUUUAAAUCCUUUCCAGGGAUUUGUGGAACAAUUUUGCUCUGAUGUAUACUAUGACAUUGAAAAAUCACCCAAACAGAAAGAAGUUUUUUCUGAGUUUCAGUCCUUACUUCAUUUGGAGAAUAAGAGCCUAAUACGUCCCAUCAGCAGCAGGUUCCUGCAAAUGUUGGAUGUGUGCAACAGAAUACGGGAGCUUAUGGAUCCAUUGACUGUGCACUUCUACAGCGUCCUGUCUUCUCAUGAUCAACACAAACACAGAUGGCUCCUGAACCAGCUUCUUGAUAAGCAUGCAGUUACAUCUGAUGAGAAGGCCAGGAUAAUUUGUCUGCAACAGCAAAUGGCAAAAUCUGCAAGGAUCGGAAGUGAUGUCAAGAAGCUCACAACCAUUAUUGAUUUGUAUCGAGGUGUACUUCCAACUUUUCAGGUGUUCCUGAAGAAGUUGCAACAUGAAAAGCCCAUGAUUCAUGUGCUGCAUGCUGAAAUGCUGCUACUGGUUAGGGAACUUCUCUCCAAAUUUAUGAAGCCUGAAACUAUUCCUUUGAGUGCAAAGGGCUUGUUGAAGCUUAAUGUUCACCAGAGAGACCUGCAGUACACUGACAAAAGGUUGUCUGUGGGGAGAUUCAGCUUCUUUGCCUUAAACAAGGCUAGAGUAGAAAAGAAGCCCUGGGUGCAGAAGGUCUACAGCUCUCUCAGAGAAGGCUACAUAAAGGCAGCAACAUUCCUCCUGAAAAACCUGCCCCUCAACAACAACAUCAUCACCUCUUUAUCUGCGCUGACACCAUCAUUGAUUCUCCAUGAAUCAGUCCAAGGUGCAUUCAACACCUUGGCCAAGGCCUUGCCAAAUGCUGUGAAGUCAGAGGAGUUGGGUCAACUGGAUGAAGAGGUUCGAGCCUACCAGAUUAAUACAGAUCUAGGGACACAGGCCAAAUGCUUUGAGGAGAACAAUGCACGAAUCGAUGUUGACUGGUGGAGUAAGAUUUUCGCCAUGAAGAUGCCAGAAGGAGGAAUGAGGUUCCCCAUCUUAGGGAAGUUGGUAAAGGCUCUUCUGUCAUUGUUCACUGGCCCUCUUGUCGAAGGAUCAUUUAACAUGAUGGAUGAUAUAAUUGAGAAAGACAGGGUUAGGCUGAACAUUGAGACUUAUGAAGGCUUAGCCAUUCUCAAGUCCCACAUGAAGGUAAUGGGCAAAACUGCAUCUAAAAUGCAAAUUACCCCUGCAUUAAGGAGAUUUUGCCUGUCUUCUUAUGAGACAUACCAAAAUCAUCUGAAGAAAAAGAAGGUGAACCUUGACAAGCAAAAGGAAAGGAAACUGAGGGAAGCUGUGAAGGUCCUCUCAGCAGUUAGGGUUAGAAAAGUAAAGAAAGGUUCCACCUCUUCUGUUUGUGCUAAAGCCCCCACCUCUUCCACCCUUGGAGUUAAACGAAAAGCUGCUGCUACAGCCUCCACCCCUGCAGUUAAAGGCACUGCUGCUGCUACAGCCUCCACCUCUUCCGCCCUUGGAGUUAAACAAAAAGCUGCUGCUACAGCCUCCACCCCUGCAGUUAAAGGCGCUGCUGCUACAGUCUCCACCUCCUCCACUGCUGGAGUUAAAGGUAAAGCUGUUGCUACAGCCUCUUUCUCCUCCACCCCUGCAGUUAAAGGCAAAACUGCUGCUACAGAUACAUCUCACCUUUUAAACUUUGAUACCUCUGGCAGGACAGUGGUUGAAAAGCUCAUGAAGGCGAAGGUGUGCUCAGUGAUCUUCAAAUCCUUCGUUCCACGAAGGUCCAGGUAUGAGCUCCAACAACCCAGGAGUCCUGGGCCUUCUCGAUCUGAGGAUCAGAAAUGGGCACAAAAGGAUAGUGUUAUGGCUCGAGCCCCUCCCCCACCCGCGGGUAGGAGGAAUCGCGGGUCAAAGGGAGGGCUCCAGAACGGGAACCAUGGUGGGUGA